AUGACCCAUGUUGGGCGUACUAGGGUUAAGAAAAAAAAAGCAUUUUUUGUAAAUGUUCCUGGUUAUAGUGAACAAGUUGAAUUUUGUGUUUUAAUCUAUUUUGCUUAUCCAGUUGAAAAUUCAAAUGAAGAAAUCGUUGUUGCAACAAUUCGUCUUGAAACUAUGCUAGGUGAUACCGCUGUUGUUGUUCAUCCUGAUGAUGCACAUUAUAAACAUUUACAUGGUAAAUAUGUUCAACAUCGAUUUCUUUCACGUCAUUUACCAAUUUUAACUGAUACAAUGGUUGAUCCGACAUUUGGUUCUGGUGCUGUUAAAGUAACAUCCGCACAUGAUCCAAAUGAUUUUGAAUGUGGAUGUCGUCUUUCAUUAGACUUUAUAACAUGUAUUACUGAUGAUGGUUUAAUGACAUCUGAAUGUGGUCCAUAUGGUGGUAAACCACGUUUUCUUGUUCGACGACAACUUUUAGAAGAUUUAAAAGAACGUAGUCUUUAUCGUGAUAAAAAAGAAAAUGAAAUGAUUUUAUCAAUAUGUAGUCGAGGUGAGGGUGUGGAUGAUCUUAAAUCAUCUUUAAAUCAUUUUAAAUCACCUUAA